AUGAUGCUACCUACAGUCACUUUUGGUGUUUUUGCCGACAGCUUGCUGACCUACUUGUUAACGUUUAGGGUACGCCGUCCCGGGCAUACGCACAUCCACGCGGCUUGGAUCAGCUUGUUUGAUGUGUUAUUUCUGAUACAGUGUGGUCAUUUCCAUUCCCUGAUUGCUUAUGGAGUUCCAUGGUGGGGCAUGGUGAUCGAAUUACCCUACACUUACAAUCACUUGACGUGUAAAAUUUACAACGGUUUUCGUGGUUUCAUUUUGAGCGGGAAAAAUAUGCUCGUCUUCCUAAUGGUUGCCCACAUUCUUCGGGAAGGGGAUCGGGCCGAUAUGCGCGCGACUCCACCAUUAGUUAUUCACAGUCAGAUUAUCGCUCUGCUUACUGUUUCGAUCAUGAUCUCCUGUUUCUCCGGCCUUGUGUUCGGAGUACAUCAACAAUGGGGUCGAUUUAUGUGCGCCCCUGAUCCACAAUACGCAAAGAUUGUACAUCAGUUCUACGAUGAACACAUGAAUUUAUUCGUUGACGGUCUGUAUGUUCAUUUGUGCAUUUUCUGCCUGCUCUGGUUAGUCUGGCGUCGAAAAUUGACCACAGAACAGAUCUUAGCCUAUCUGCAUCGCAUACGUUCCCAACGCAACCCGAUCGGACUGGCCGUGUGUUGCGUUGAACGUCGCCUGUUAGACUGGGUUCGAACGUAUCGUGUUCUGUUGUAUCAGGUGAGUAUAUUUUGUUUGGCACGCACCGGUCGAUGCCUGAUUCGUCUGGCGGACUGGACGAAUUUCCGUAUUCUAUACGAUCAGGCUGAAGAUACACCACUAGCCAAAGCGACAGAGUUAUCUUUAACAAACGGGCUUCUGUUUAUUGAAAUUGUACUAACCAGUUUUCCGUUUGUGAUCUGGUACGUACAUGUACCGCAGAUUCAAGUACAUUGUAAGUGUAUGUGGAUGAGUUUCACUUGCAGAUGGACAGUAAAACAACGGCAGCACUAUUUAAAGCAAUUCGAUCCGGCCACCUAUCUGGAAGAAGCGUUAGGAAUUCUUCGUAACCGCCAGAUAUUGGAGCAGCAUUGUAAAUCCGUGCUUUCUUAUCUGCGUAAUAUGGAUCGUCAAUUGCGAGUCAAGUACGACACACUGUCCUCAAUGACUCGAGAUAGUCGACCGACUAGUGUAAUGGAUACAUCCACCACAUGGUCAUUUUCCAGUAUUGCAGUGCAACAUACAAAAUCAAAACAUCAUUUUGGCCUGUCGCAAAAUCCUCAACUUGGUAUUCUGACUCAAUGUUUUCACGCUUUCAUCCGAGGUCACCUUUUGUAUGGUCCCGAUUACCACCCAUCUCUGAAUGGAUUACAGGUCGAGGGUUUUGUGCCCACGGUAAUUAAUCGUGAUGGCACUAGUUAA